AUGCAAGAUUCUCCUUCUUCCCCCCACACCUACCCUUCCCCCUCUCCGCUCCCCACUCCUCCUUCUUUCUCCUCCAUCUCCCUCUUCUCCUCCGUCUCCCUCUUCUCCUCCGUCUCCCUCUUCUCCUCCGUCUCCCUCUUCUCCUCCGUCUCCCUCUUCUCCCGCCCUCUUCCCUUGCAUGUGUACGUACGAUCCGUGUAUGACACGAACCUGUUUGGAGCAUUGGCGUUGUCCCAGGCAGUGUUUCCCUACAUGCACAAGCAGAGGAGCGGGCGAAUCAUCAACGUUUCCAGUGUUGCUGGUUACACGUACAGGCCCUUCGUGGGGACGUAUGGGAGCAGCAAGGCGGCGUUCAACGCGGUUACCAACUGCAUGCGCGUGGAAAUGAAACCUCUGGGGAUCGGUGUUGUGCUUGUUACACCCGGCUACAUCCGCACCAACAUUUUCAG